AUGGCUGUUAAGAAAGAAAUAAUUUUAGGGAUUGACUUAGGUACAACUAACUCUUGUGUAGCAAUUAUAGAGGGGGGUAAGUCUAAAGUGUUAGAAACUCCUGAGGGAAAGAGAACAAUUCCCUCAAUAGUUGCAUUUAAGGGAGAUCAGAUUAUUGUAGGAGAAAGUGCUAAACGACAAAUGGUUACUAACAAGAAUACUAUCUACUCCAUUAAGAGAUUUAUGGGUACAGAUAAGAAAGUAAGUGCUCAGGGAAAAGAGUAUACACCUGAAGAAAUAUCAGCAUACAUUCUUUCUUAUAUGAAGGAGUAUGCUGAAAAGAAAAUAGGAAGUGCUGCUCAGAAAGCAGUAAUUACUGUUCCUGCAUAUUUCAAUGAUGGGCAAAGACAAUCUACUAAGAAUGCAGGGAAGAUUGCAGGAUUAGAAGUAGUUCGAAUUGUUAAUGAACCUACUGCUGCAGCAUUAGCUUAUGGAUUAGAUAAAAAAGAUGGAGAUCAAAAGAUUUUAGUGUAUGACCUUGGUGGAGGAACAUUUGAUGUCUCUAUAUUGGAGAUCGCAGAAGGUACAUUUAAAGUAUUAGCUACUUCAGGAGAUAAUAAACUAGGAGGGGAUGAUUGAGAUCAACGAAUUAUUAAUUGAUUGUUAGAAAGUAUUAAAGAAGGACAUGGGGUUGAUUUGUCGAGAGAUAAUUUAGUACUUCAGCGAUUAAAAGAAGCUGCAGAAAAAGCAAAGAUCGAACUGUCUUCUGUACAGCAAACUCAAAUUAUGUUGCCUUUCUUAACUAUGACCGGAGGAGAACCGUUAAAUGUAGACUUAACUCUUUCAAGAGGUCAGUUUGAAUUAUUAACUAAAGACUUGUUAGAGCGAACUGCUAGACCUGUUGAGGAUGCUAUUUCAGAAUCUCAAGUGAAAUUGAGUGAUAUUGACCAGAUUUUGUUAGUAGGAGGUUCUACGAGAAUGCCUGCGGUUCAAGCUUUAGUAGAAAAAUUAACAAAUAAGAAACCUAAUUUAUCAAUUAAUCCUGAUGAAGUAGUAGCUUUAGGUGCUGCUGUACAGGCAGGAGUGUUAGCGGGAGAUGUGAAAGAUGUCUUACUGUUAGAUGUAACUCCUCUGACUUUAAGUAUUGAAACUUUAGGAGGAGUAGCAACUCCUCUGAUCCCAAGGAAUACUACUAUCCCUACUGAAAAGAAGCAAAUUUUCUCCACAGCAAUAGAUAAUCAACCCAGCGUGGAUAUUCAUGUAGUUCAAGGAGAGAGACCUAUGGCAGCAGAUAACACUACAUUAGGUACUUUUGCUCUAACUGGAAUAAAAAUGGCUCCUAAGGGAGUACCUAAGAUUGAAGUUUCUUUUUCUAUAGAUGCCAAUGGUAUUUUGACAGUUCGGGCAGAAGAUAAAGAUACUGGAAAGAGCAAUAAUAUAGUCAUCAAAAACUCUUCAGGAUUAUCUGAGGAGGAAAUUAAUAGAAAAAUUAAGGAAGCUGAAGAAAACUUAGAGAAAGAUAAGAAGGUUAAAGAAGAAGUUGAAACUAUUAAUCAAGCAGAAUCUUGA